GAUUGUGUUAAUUAAUCUCUCUCUCUCUCUGUCUCGGUAAUUGGUGGGAAUUAAUUGCAAUUUGGUCCCGCAUGUGGUAUUUAUUGCUAAAAUUUCUGUAUGUGAUUUCGAAGCUAUUAUCAUUUAUGGAUGUUGCUAAAUGAUAUGAUGGGAAAUGCUCAUGUGUGUGCGUGCGUGAUGUUGAAAGCAAACAGCCCACAAAUAUUUUAGAUACAGAAUGAAAAUAUGUGUAUAGUUAUGCAUUGUCGGAAAGGGUGAAAUGUGCUGUCAGUGGGUUUUGAAAAUUAGUCCAUAAAAGAGGACGGGAAAGAGUGAAUUAGUUGGAGGAGUGUUGAGAUUUUUAUUGCGACCAUCGUUAUCUAUUGUGCCCGUGCCAAAGAACAUGACAUUGUGUGGCUGGUGCUUUGUGUCGAAGCACAAAAGACACAGGAACAAUAGCAUUGUGUCAUCGCAGAAUCAGGAUGCUGUUGUCACGACGGAGGUUGAGGUGAUAAACAACAUAAGGAAGGAGUCAGGUGGAUCAGCCACGGGCCUCAAAGUCGUGUCGUGUGAGACAACGAAGGCAAUUAGCAAAGAUGAUGACACUGAUCAGGAUGGAAAUCCGAGGAACAAAACUGCACUUAAGCCGGGUCAUUCGCUCAUGGAUUGGAUUCGACUGGGGAGUUCUGGCUGUGAUUUGGCAGGCACGAAGGGUGUCGUGGCGCCCGUGAGUCACGCCGAAUUGGCAAAGCACUGCAAGAGGAGUGACGCGUGGAUUGCAAUACGUGGAAAAGUGUACAAUGUGACGCAGUAUCUUGAUUUUCAUCCUGGUGGUGUCGAUGAGUUGAUGCGAGGCGUGGGAAAAGAUGCCACAAAGUUGUUCGAAGAAGUGCACGCUUGGGUUAAUUAUGAACAAUUGCUGGCCAAGUGCUAUAUUGGUCCAUUGAGGAAUGUUGCGACGGUGAAUCUGGAAUCACUGGAUAUCACAUCGUCCGCCCAGAGCAAGACACAAUCGCCAACAUCGGCAAAUGGUGGCUUUCGUCUGCCAUUCAGCAUAUCCUUGACGCCUUCGCCAACUCCAACGGCGCCGCCAUCGCCGGACAGAGUGGAGAUCAUUCCGCGCUUCGACUGGAUUCAGAAGACGUCGGAUCUCACGAUUAUCUUCUACACCAAGUCACUGUGCAAUCCAGGCGUCACCGUGGAGUACAUGAGUGAUCAGGAAAUUGAAAUUCGCGUGCUGAUUGAGCGCACGACGCAUUUGUUCCAGCUGAAGUUUGCGCACGAGGUCCGAUGGCCGUGCGCUGCGCGCAUCGCGCUGGAGUCUGGCAAGGUGGAGUUGGUGUUUGGCAAGGCGCAGCCGGCUCUGUGGACGUCCUUUGGCACGAUGGACAGGAAGAGGGUGACAGAUGUGGAAGUGGGCGUGCGUGAGUUUGACGCCAUCACGUGCCAUCAAUUCAAUCACGACUCCUACGCGGUGGUGUUGCGACCCAAGCGGCGACUUCUGCAAUUCCAUCCCAUUGGCUAUCACGUCAGCAUCACGGCCAGAGUGAAUGGUGGAGGAGAAGCGACGAGGAGUUACACACCAGUGCCAGAAUCCCACCUGCCUGUGCCAUGUCCCGUGAGCUGCAUUGCGCUGCUGGUGAAAAGCUACGCCAGUGGGAUGCUCUCGAGGCACGUCACGCAGCAGAAGUCACUCGUCAGUGGACUGAAAGUAUCACAGCCGCGCGGUGGAUUCAUCCUGAAUGGCCUGAGGGGACACAGCAGAGUCGCCCUGCUGGCGGCCGGAAGUGGCAUCACGCCAAUUCUCGGCAUUGUUGACUACUUGCUGGAGAGGAGCAACAACAGAAUAGAACUUCUCAAGUUACUGUACUUCAACAAGCGCGAAGAGGACAUUUGGUGUCGUGAAAAAUUGACAACAAUUGCUGAGAAGGACAAGAGACUGUCCGUGCGGCACGUCUUGUCGGACGCCGACGCGUCGUGGAGUGGCGAUCGCGGCAGGAUUUCUGAGGACAUUGCCAUGGAUUUGGUGUCGCGCACAUCGCCAAAUUCCAUCACAUUUUGCUGUGUGUGCGGCCCACCGGGCUUCAAUGACGCCGCCGCGGCGCUGCUGGCCAACGCCGGCUUCCCAGCGGCCGAUCUGCACGUGUUCCAGGGCUGAUCCCUCUGGAGGCCCAGAGAAAGUUCACUAAAUACACACUCAAUCACACAUUUUAGGGAAGUCUUAUGAGAUUGUGUAAUUGUAUUGUAGAAGUAAUUGAGACAAAAAGGGUAUUUUCAGGCCAAUUUGUAAUAAAUGCACCGAUUUCUGUUUGUUUUCAUGCCAAUCAAAUCGAUGUAACUUGCAAUUCUUUCGGCAUAAGAAUAAACUAUAUAUAUA